GAAGAGGAGGAGGAAGAGGCGGAAGAAGAAGAGGAGGAGGACCCACGAAUUUAUACACAACAGAAUUUACGUCGCAGGAGAGAGAGAGGAAUUCGCCGCUCCACAAAAUCUUCCACUAAAUCCGCGAACAUCGGCGUAAUUAUGGCCCCUGAGAAGACCGACCACGACGACACCUCCUUCGUCAGCGAGGAUGGAAGCACUGGCGGCGGAGGUGGAGGUGGAGGUGGAGGUGGUGGAAGUACAGGGGGCGGCGGGGGGGAGCACGACCCCUACUUUGAGCCUGUGGUGACCCUGCCGGAGGUGGUGGUGGCAACGCUGGAAGAGGAGGAGGAGGAGAUGGUGCGCCUGCGGUGCAAGCUGUUCCGCUACCACACGGCGGAUUCCCAGGCGGAGUGGAAGGAGCGUGGAACAGGGGACGUCAAGAUUCUCAGGAGCAGCAGCAGGAAGGCCGUCCGCCUUCUGAUGCGCCAGGACAAGACCCUCAAGAUCCGCGCCAACCACUACAUCACCCCAUACAUGCAGCUCAAGCCUAACUGUGGCAGCGACCGCGCCUUCGUGUGGUCUGUGGUGGCAGAUUUCGCCGACGAACAGCCCAAGCAGGAGCUGUUUGCCGUGCGCUUCGCCAACGCUGAGAAUGCCCGGCUCUUCCGUGAAACCUUCGAUGAGGCAAGAGGAAUCGUGACAGUGGCAGAGGUGGAGGGCAGGGAGGAGGAGGAGAAGAGGCUGAAGGAAGAGGAGGAGGAGGAGGAGGAAGACGACGACGAAGAAGAGGAGGCAGCUAAGGAAGAGGAGGAAGAAGAGAAGAAAGAGGAGGAGGAGGCAAAGGAGAAGAAGACAUUGAAAUCUCCAUCUACUACUACUUCUACUACUACUACUGAUGCUGAUAGUGUGGUGGAUAGUCUGAAGGAUUUGAAGGUGAAAGAGUGAGCGAGAGAAAGUGAGAGAGUGAGCGAGAGAGAGAGAGGGAGGGAGUUUUUAGUGGGAUAAGAUUUUGAGAGAGAGAGAGGUUUGUUUGUUCGUUCGUGUGUGUGUGUGUGCUAGCUCUCUCUAUCUCGCUCAUUCUCUCUCUCUCUCGUUCUCUCUAUUUUUACCAUUCCUAUAUAGUAUUGCAUUCAUGUUUUGCUCUCUCUCUCUCUCUCUCUCUAAUUUCUCUCUUAUUUGAAAUUUCGUGUACGCGCAUGUGUGUGUGUGUUUGUGUGUGUGUGUAAGCUUAUUAUGUAGACAUGUGCCUUUAGUGUGUGUACGUGUGUGUGUGUGUGUGUGUGUGUGUGUGUGUGUGUGUGUGUGUGUGUUGUUAUAGGGAUAGAAUUGAAACAUCUUCUACAAUUCAUAUUUUUAUUAUUAUUAUUUACAGAGACAGACAACAGACAUCCCUUCCCUUCAAUUCUCAUCCCAUCCCUUCCCAUCUCUUCCCUUCCCUUCCCAUCCCAUCUCUUCCCUUCCCAUCCCAUCUCUUCCCUUCCCAUCCCAUCCCUUCCUUCCUUCGUCUUGAACUCUGCAAAGAAAAGAAAAUAAUAAUAACAAUAAUAAUAAGAGGUGGGGGGAGGGGGGGUCCAUUAUGUGUCAGGGGGGGUAUGUGUCUGUGGGGGUUGUCAACAUACUGUGGGGGGGACAUCCUGUGGGUCCUGUGAGCGAGCGAGCGAGAGAGAGAGAGAGAGAGAGAGAGAGAGCAGCAUACUAUCAUUGUGUACAUAUUGCAUUCAUAAAUAAGGUAUACUAGGAUUAUUACUACUUCUACUACUUCUACUACUAUCUCCUCCUCUACUAUCAGAAGAAUGGAGGUGGAGGAAUAGUAGUAGUAGUAGUAGUAGUAGAAGGGAGUUUGAAUCACUACCAAUACUACUACUACUACUACUAUUACUACUACUACAACAUUACUAUUUGUUAGUGAGAAGAUACCCACAUUACUACUACUACUACUACUACUACUACUACUACUACUACUACUACUACUACUACUACUACUACUACUACUAUUGCUACUAUACGACACAUACAUAAGUGCGUGUGCGUAUGUGUGUACGUGUGUAAGGGGGGGAGGGGGGGUCUAGGGGGGGUCUCAUCUUAGCGGUAAUGAUAGUUUAAUUUUAAGUGUCUGGUGUUGGUCAUUAUUACUAUUAUUAUUAUUAUUAUCAUUAUUAUUUGUGUCUAUAUAUAUAUAUGCGAUAGUGACUAGUUUUUUACAUACAUCAAUAUAAUCCACUAAGGCUGUGUGUGUCUCUCUCUCUCGCUGUGUUGAAAUACGUACACAAUGAUAUGGAUUUUGAAACACAUACACACACACACACAAACAUACACACACGGUUAUCAAACACACACAAACAUACACACAUGGUUAUCAAACACACACACACACACACACAUGAUUUUGUAAGAGAAAGAGAGACAGAGAGAGGAGUUGCAUGUGUGUGUGUGUGUGCGUGUGUGUGUGCUGCAUGGCUUCCUGUGAUGAUGAAGUGUUCUGCUCAUGAGAAAAUAAAAGGAAUAAAAAAAUGAA